AUGCGCUGGCCAUGGCUGUUCGCUUCCUCCGCGCUGGGCGAGUUGGACCGGAAUUGCUGGCCGGACUUCUCCGCGCACUACGGGAUUUGCUGUCAGGAGGGCCUACCUCCGGACGAGCGCUGCUUCGACGGAGUCGCCCGGACCUGGCAGCGCUGCUGCCGCUGCCCCGAGCAGAUCGACGGCUUCGAUGGCCUCGGGCCGAAGCUGACCCGCCAGUUCUUUGGGCCGCUCCUCUGCCAGACCUCAGCGACCUCGCGCCUGGAGGAUUUUUGGCUCCCAGACGCCAGGCGCCUGCUGCGGGUCUUCAUCUAUCCCUUGGCGCGGCUCUUCAACGCAGACCUGCUGAACCGCCUGCAGCUGGGCGGCUGGAUGACCGGCAGCGAGUGCGACUACGGGCUGACGCCCUGCACGGAGCAGCGCUGGAAUGGCUUCUUUUCGGUCUACCGGCAGUUUGCGACGGAGGUCCUGGUACUGCUGAAGUUUUUGUCCGCCCCGGAGGGCGUCCUUACCGAGGACCCCACCCAGGCGGAUCUCUAUGUGGUGCCCUACUUUGCCAAGUCCGACUGCGCGGAGAGCGGCAACUUCGGUCGGGACCCCUGCUGGGGCAAGUGCAAGUGCGCCACGGCGGUGAAGCACCUCUUCAACGCUCUGCCCUACUUCACCUGGCAGACCCGGGCACGGCACCUGUUCCUGGCGACGGGGGACAUCAAGGACCUGCCGGUGGAGAUCCAGGCCCAGCCGCUGCUGGUGUCCCUGGGGGCCUCGCUGUGCGGGGGCCACGUCCUGGUGCCCAGCCCGAACUUGGACCCUGACUUGCAGCCCAAGGCUAAGAUGGAGACCCGAGAAGCCUCCGGGCGGUCGCCCGAGCGCCACAUCUUGGCCUUUUGGUUUGGGUCCGUUGACAAGGAGUGGCGCAGGCGAGUGGUUGCUCAAAUGCAGGACUAUCAGAAGAGCGGGGACCGGCCGGUCAUCAUCCACGGCAUCGACGGGGAUUACGCGGCACGGGACAUUUGGCAGACGGACGCCAACAGCCCGCAGAUGGUGCUGGAGGAGAUGAUGAGGUCUGAGUUCUGCCCGGUGGUCCAGGGGGACGUGCCGCAUCAGAAGAGGCUCUUUGACGCCAUCAUCACAGGGUGUCUGCCCGUAGUGGUGGCCUUCCCCUCCCACGUGCCCAAGCAGGUGAGCUGGUGGCUGCCGAAUGGCCCCCCAGCGGAGCGCAUGGUGCCCUUCUGGGAUGCAGUUCAGUACCGGUCCUUCGUGGUGGAGGUGCCAGAGCGAGAGGUCCGCGCGGGCGCCUUCAUGACCCGCCUGCUGCAGAUGCCCUCCGCCGAGAAGGCGGCGCGGCGGAUGGCCAUGCGCCGGGCGCGCGCGCAGCUGCGAUUCGACUUCCAGGGAACUGGGCCCGACGCCUUCACGAACCUUGUGCAAGAGGUGUGGCAGUUCCUUCGCACGGCGACGGCAAGCAGCGGCUGCAAAGCGGCGGCGACGACAGUGGCCUCCAACGGCACAGCCUUCGAUUGCGGGGUGCCGCCCACUGUCAAGGGCAUCGAGAUGUAUGGCCACAUGGCCUGCUGCCCGGUCACGAGGCGGUGA